GACUGCUCCGGACAGCUUCGUCACAGAAAAUAGUGGAGAUACGGAUAGCCCAGCCAAGCUGCGGGAGCCGGACUGCCGAGUACCUAGGUACUGUAAUCAAUAGGCGCCAUGGACGAUGAUGAAUACACCCCCUUGCUGAGUGCUGCUCCUCGCCGCCGCUCUCGUCACAGUGUAGUGCGUCGCUUCUGUAGAAUCGCCCUUUUGUCCACACUCAUCUACUUAUUCCUGGCUGCCGUCGUUCCUACGGCUUUCACGGUCCUGAGGGAUGCCCUAACCCAUCGCUACGGACAUUGGGGGCUGCCAUGCAAGGGCGAAGUCAGCUAUGACGAGCUGCGUGACAUCCUGUUGGAAACCCCAAGCAGCAAUAAGGCCGAGGACUGGAGCAGAUAUUAUACAGCCGGCCCCCAUCUGGCUGGCAAAAACUACUCCCAGGCACUCUGGACCAAGGAGAGAUGGGAGGAAUUCGGCAUCAAGUCGGAAAUCGUCUCGUACGACGUCUACCUUAACUAUCCUGUCGAUCACCGGCUGGCACUCCUUAAGAAGGAAAAUUCAGGCGACGAUAGCACGUCUGCUUGGAAAGUGUCCUUCGAGGCGUCCCUGACCGAGGAUGUUAUCGAAGAAGACCCAACCAGCGGCCUGGAAGAUAGUGUCCCGACUUUUCAUGGCUACUCUGCCUCGGGGAACGUCACUGCCCCAAUCGUCUAUGUCAACUACGGCACUUACCAAGACUUUGAGGAUCUGCUCAAGGCCAACGUCAGCCUCGAGGGCAAGAUUGCUAUUGCCCGCUACGGAGGCAUCUUUCGCGGCCUCAAGGUCAAGCGUGCCCAGGAGCUGGGCAUGAUCGGCACCAUUUUGUUCACCGACCCCGGCGACGAUGGAGAUAUCACCGACGAGAAAGGAGUACUCACCUAUCCUGACGGCCCCGCCCGCCAGCCCAGCAGUGUGCAGCGCGGAAGCACUCAGUUUCUCAGUGUUGCUCCUGGUGAUCCGACAACACCCGGAUACCCUUCCAAGCCCGGCGUUCCCCGCCAGCCAGUAGAUGGGGCAAUCCCGAGCAUUCCAUCUCUUCCGAUUUCCUACUUGGACGCCAUUCCCAUACUGAAAGCCCUCAACGGCCACGGUCCCAAAGCCAGCGACUUCAAUCAGUAUUGGACUCGCAACACGGGACUGAAGUACAAGGGCGUAGAGUACAAUAUUGGGCCGACGCCCGAUGAUAUCGCCGUGAACUUGUACAGCAAGCAGGAAUACGUAACAACGCCUCUGUGGAACGUGAUUGGCACUAUCAAUGGCACAAUUCCCGACGAGGUCAUCAUUGUUGGGAAUCAUCGUGACGCCUGGAUUGCGGGUGGAGCAAGUGAUCCCAACAGCGGUUCGGCAGUCAUCAACGAGGUGAUCCGAGGCUUCGGAGAGGCUCUAAGCCGUAGUUGGAAGCCUCUCAGAACCAUUGUCUUUGCCAGUUGGGACGGCGAGGAGUACGGCCUCAUUGGGUCUACAGAAUGGGUUGAAGAGUUCUUACCUUGGCUGAGCAAGACCAAUGUGGCCUAUCUUAACGUUGAUGUCGGCGUCAAAGGGCCCCAUUUCUCCGCCUCUGCGGCACCGCUGCUUCACAACGUUAUCAAAGUGGCAACAGCCGCCGUCCAGUCGCCAAACCAGACGAUCCCUGGCCAGACCGUCUUUGACGAAUGGAACAAGAGGAUUAGCACAAUGGGAAGUGGCAGCGAUUUUACAGCCUUUCAAGACUUCGCCGGCAUCCCGUCCAUCGAUGUUGGCUUCGGAUCCGAAACUGUGGAUCCCGUAUAUCACUACCAUAGCAACUAUGAUAGCUUCUACUGGAUGCAGAAAUUUGGGGACCCCGGCUUCAAGUACCACCGGGCCAUGGCCCAGGUCAUGGGCUUGAUUGCCGCUCAGCUGGUCGACCUUCCAGUCAUCUCGUUCAGCGCCUCGGACUACGCACACGCUCUGCGCGACUACCUGGACAAGGUGAAAGCCAAACUCGAGGGCGUCCUCUCGCCGCUAGAGAAGAAUAACACCGCAGAGCUGAGUGAGGAGGCCGUCGUGGAACUGCGAGCAAGCACCCGCCGCGACCCGGUUUCUCGGGCCAACCACGGCCCCCAUGACCGCAACAACAACAAAAACGGAACAGCACCUUCCCUGGACGCAGAAUCUUUCAGAGACUCGCUUGAUAGCCUGUAUAAACGCGUACGAAAACUGACAUCCACUGCCAGGGCGUUGGACCAGCAGGCCCAGAAUCUCGAGCGCCAGCUGGGUGAACACUACCCCUGGUACCAUUGGUAUCGGUACCUGCGACUCUGGUGGGCGAUUCGCAAGGUUAACAAUAGUUACAAAGUCUUUGAGCGGAGCUUCCUUUGGGAUCUAGGCCUUGACGGGCGGCCGUGGUUCAAGCACGUCGUAUUUGCGCCGGGCUUGUGGACUGGCUAUGCAGGCGCCGUGUUCCCCGGUCUGAUGGAGAGCAUCGAUACGGAGGACUGGGAGAAUGCCGUCCGGUGGGCCGGCAUCAUUGAAACCUGCAUGUUCAAGGCCAGCCAACAGACGGGGGUGUGAGUGGUGC